UGUUUUGAUUUGCACUCAUUUGUUUUUUUUCUUACUUCUUCAUGCGGUUUUGUUAUUAAAUCAUUAAACGAAUCAAUUUUAAUUAAUUAAUUUUAUAAAAUAAAUAUCAAAUUUAUUUUGAUUCUGAGAAAAGAUAAUCUAAAAAUAUUUUCCUUUCCAAACAUGGAGUGCAUUGUGUGCCAUGAAGUAACCAACAAAUACAAGUGUCCAAAAUGUUUGGGACAGUAUUGCUCUCUUAAAUGUUACAAAGUACAUAAAGAUUCCCCUGAAUGUGUUCUGAAAGUAAAUGAAACUGAAAUUGCAAAAACUCUUGCCGUUGAUGAUGAAGAAGAACCCACGGUACAUGAGCCCUUUAAAACUGAAGAUACCGUUCCCAAAGAGAAAUUACAAAUGUUGGGCACAAAUGAAUCGCUUAAGAAUUUACUAUAUAAUCCUUAUUUAAGAAAUUUACUGACAGAAAUCGACACAGCACCAAAUGCUUGGAAGGCAAUUAGGGCAGCAAUGCAGGAACCCUUAUUUCUGGAAUUUGCCGAUGAAUGUUUGAAAAUUGUGGAGCCACAAAAUGAAGAAGACUGAUUUUGAAUUAAGAAGAAAAUAGUUUGUAUAAAUUAAAGAUAAAUAAAUAAUUUUAUAUCUAAAUAA